UUGCGAUUAACACGUACUGUAAAAAACCCACACAGACAAAAGAAAAUAAGACAAGAGACAAAAAAAUCAAUAAUAGUAAGAACACAAGGAUACUGGUUUGUUGGCAGAGAUUGGUUUGGUAACGAACGCUUCAACGGCAAAAUUUCCCGGGCUACAAGGCUUCCUGUCUCUCUCUCUUUCUUCUCCAUGCGCGACAAUUCCCAUUUUCUUACUCAUAUUUUCCAUCUCCUCCUAAAGGAUGCGUAAUUGAAGGGGGGAAAUUGACAAUAACUGGAGGAGGAGAAGUUGGAAGGGUGUCUGUGUGUGGGUGAGAGUGAUUGGGGUCCUCAGGUGGAAGAUCUGGCUAGGGUUUUCGAUUGAGGUGAAACAAGGAGAAGAUGAGCGCUUCUAGGUUCAUCAAGUGUGUUACUGUUGGGGAUGGAGCUGUGGGUAAAACUUGUUUGCUUAUUUCCUACACUAGCAAUACCUUCCCCACUGAUUACGUGCCAACUGUUUUCGACAAUUUCAGUGCAAAUGUGGUUGUGAAUGGAAGCACUGUUAAUCUGGGUUUGUGGGAUACUGCAGGACAAGAGGAUUAUAACAGAUUAAGACCUUUGAGUUAUCGUGGUGCCGAUGUUUUCAUUCUGGCUUUCUCCCUCAUUAGCAAGGCCAGUUAUGAAAAUGUUUCCAAAAAGUGGAUUCCAGAGUUGAAGCAUUACGCACCUGGUGUUCCCAUUAUUCUGGUUGGCACUAAGCUUGAUCUUCGAGAUGACAAGCAGUUCUUUGUUGACCAUCCUGGUGCUGUGCCCAUUACCACUGCUCAGGGAGAAGAGCUUAGGAAGCUGAUCAAUGCACCUGCUUAUAUUGAAUGCAGCUCUAAAUCACAGCAGAACGUGAAAGCAGUCUUUGAUGCAGCCAUAAGAGUUGUCCUUCAACCACCAAAGCAAAAGAAAAAGAAAAGUAAAGCACAAAAGGCCUGUUCGAUAUUGUGAUUUGCUAGGCUGGUCUAAAAAUUUGACAACCAUUUCUCCAAUCUGUAAUUCUCUCCUCUUCUUCGUUUUCUUCAUUCCUACGGCUGUUGAAGAAGUUGGAAUCUAUGUGGGUGUUCGUUCGUCUAACAUACUCUAGAUCUCCUUGAAGCAUUAAGGUGGUUGAUGCUUUGUUUUUCUUGGAAUUAUUGUGAAUUCUAAUUGUCAAAUUUGCAUUUCAUGGUUCCCACCUUUUUCUUAACUUAAGUUUUAUGUAUUAAUAGACUGGAAUUUCCCAGUUAGGAUGAUGACUACCUUGUUUGCUUGAAGAUAUAUAUAAUAUCUAAAUUAUUUUUGUA